AUGAUUGGUGCCGGAGCUUGCGGUGCCGUCUUUGCGCAGGACGAGGAGAAGCCCCUUGCUGCAAAGCUGGCCAAGACCAACAACGGCCAGCUGUGGAACGACUACAAGAUGCACAACCACAUCAAGGCUCAAUUCGACAAUCACGGCUCCACGAAGAUCAGAAUCCCCGAGGUCUACUAUUUCGUUCCGCCUGACGAGGCAUACACUCGAUACCUUAGCCACCAUCCAGAGCUCGCCGACGCGGCAUCCAAGGUGUGCAACCUGGCCACCAGCAUCCUCGUCUCAGAGCGGAUCUUGCCAUUACCUGAGCGAGCCCGAACUCUUCUGAUCAAAAAGUACUGCCCACCCCAUAUCAAGGAGGCUGCUUUGCGUGACGACGCCAACAGAGACUGUCUGGUGAGGCCGUACCUCGGCUCAAUGCAAGGCAAGACCGGAGGAGAAGGACGUUUCUUCUCGCUGAGAAACUUCGAGCUGCACCUCAACCAGAUGGUCGAUCUGCAGCUGGACGUCGAGGCCAUGGCCAGCAGCAUGGGCGUGGCCAUGGCGAUUAUGCACUGGGCGGCCUGGACAGACGCCCGGGAUGUCGAGUUUGUCCUCGGCAGCUCGGCUGAAGAGACCUCAGCCCGUCGGAGCACGAAGGAGGUUGCGAGGCUGCAGAAUCCCGUAUACACUGGUCCUGCUUCCCACAACAAGGAUGACUUCUUUCGUCAGCGGACCACGGAGAUGUGGCUCCUGGACUUUAACCAGGUGCAAAGCAUUACAAUGGACGAGGGGGGAGUUGCCAAGGCCGUUGAAGCAGCUCGAGUCAGUGACCCGUAUCUUCCGAGGCCGCUGGGAGAAACUCCAGUCGAGAAGCAGGUUUGGAAUGCCUUUGAGAAGACUUAUUUGACGGCGGCGGAUGCGAUUGUGAAAGGCAGCCCGUAUAGAGUGCAUUUGCCAGGCUUGUUUAUUCGCGGGCUUGUAGAGGCUGAGGAACAGAGGAAGACAAGGGCGCAGAGGGCUUCAGAUGAAGUCUGA